CCCAGCUAAGCACGUCACAAUAUAUGUUGUGUUCGUCAGCACACAGAAACUAAGUUCGGACCGUUCGGACACCGGUAGAACGUCGAACGGUGGAGGUUUCGUGGAAAAUACCUAGCAGCGUGUUUUAACACAACUGUUAAGAAUGCAGCCGAAUUUCCAAUACAGUAUAGUGGUGCUGUUGUAUCUAAUUAUGUCUACAGAUGCUAUUAACUGCAAAGGUUGUGUACCUUUGGAUAUAUUUACUUUUGAUAAGGUAAUAUCCAAGUUCAAAGCAGCUGCUAUAAAGUUUGAUGUGGCUUACCCUUAUGGCACCAAGCAUGAUGAGUUUGCAAAAGUUGCAGAAGCAGCACAUACUGUUCCAGAUUUGCUGGUGGGUGAAGUUGGGGUGAAAGAUUAUGGUGAGAAGGAAAAUGCUGAUCUAGCAGAACGUUACAAAGUCAACAAAGAUGACUUUCCAGUAGUGAAACUUUUUGUAGCUGGUAUAUCUGAACCAUACACAUUCUCAGAUUCUGAAUUUACAGCUGACAAUAUUAAGAAGUUCAUUCGAACCAAAUCAAAUGUUCAUAUUGGUUUACCAGGCUGCCUAGAAGCCUUUGAUAAGAUUGCAGCAAAAUUUUCACAAGUCCAUGACCCAGAGGUAAAAAAGGCACUGCUACGUGAGGCGGAAGAUCUUUGGGACAAGACAACUGGAAGAGCUGAUCAAAAGACUGCAGAAGUUUAUGUCAAGACUAUGCGAAAGGCACUGGACAAAGGAGAUGAUUUUGUACCUAAUGAAUUAAAGAGAGUCCAAAGCCUAGCAAAAGGAAAAAUGAGCAAAGAGAAGAAGGAAGAGGUGCAACAACGUAUUAACAUCCUGCAGUCCUUUCAACAUGAAGAACUGUAGUCACAGGAGUAGAAGUAACUUCCUGCAUUACAGGAUUGACUGGUAACAGUCACAUUUUGGCUGAGGGAAAGUGCAUUUCAGCAGUUGUCAUUUCAUUUUAAUACUGCAUACUUGGAACAUUCCAUUUGCAUAGCUAGUCAAGGUCAUACAUAUUGGAAACUAAAGUAGUUGUUGUUACUGUAUUGUUAUAUACUGUAACAUUAUACAU